AUGAACGCCCCUUCCACAAUCCGCCAAAGAUUUGUCUCUGCUCCGUCCGAUCUAGGUGUUGUGCUGGUUGGAUUCUCCGGUGGACAGUGUAAAGAAGGCGUCGAUGCUGCCCCAACUGCUCUUGUAAGCGCAGGCCUAUUGGAUCAAAUCAGCGAUGAACUGGGCUACAAACUCCACGGCGAUACUGAAGUCCACAACUUCAAUGAGAUGCGGAUGGAUGACGACGAACCAUAUCGAGGCAUGAAGAACCCACGCGCCGUUUCCGCUGUGACAGAGAAAUUGGCAGCGCAGGUAUACGCACAGGCCAGGGAAGGCAGGAUGGUACUCACACUGGGUGGUGAUCACUCAAUCGCCAUCGGGACAAUCGCCGGCACAGCCAAAGCUAUCCGCGAGCGGUACAACGGCCGGGAAAUGGCAGUCAUCUGGGUCGACGCCCAUGCAGACAUCAACACACCCGAGACCUCUGAUUCCGGAAACGUGCACGGAAUGCCGGUGGCAUUUGCGACAGGGCUGGCAACAUCCGACAAGAAGGAGAUGUUUGGAUGGUUGAGCGAGGACCAGCGCAUCAGCACACGCAAGCUCGUCUACAUUGGCCUCCGGGACGUGGAUCGGGGCGAGAAGAAGAUCCUACGCGAUCAUGGCAUCAAGGCAUUCAGCAUGCACGACAUCGACCGUCAUGGCAUUGGCCGCGUUGUCGAGAUGGCACUUGCUCACAUCGGCACAGAUACACCCAUCCACCUUAGCUUCGAUGUCGAUGCCCUGGACCCAAUGUGGGCUCCUAGCACUGGCACACCGGUGAGAGGGGGCUUGACCUUACGCGAGGGCGACUACAUCGCCGAGUGUGUGCACGAGACCGGCCAAUUGGUCGCCAUGGAUCUGGUUGAAGUGAAUCCAAGCCUUGAAGUCGCGGGCGCCAGUGAGACUGUACGUGCUGGCGUGAGCUUAGUGCGGUGUGCUCUGGGAGAUACAUUGCUGUGA